AUGACAAGUUAAAUGUAAAAUUGAAUUGAUUAGUUUUAAUUUUUGAUAAACAAUGAACGACUCGAAUCGAGAUCAUCAUUUAAGAUUAAAAACCGCAACUAUUCACUGCCCGUGGACUUCAAACGCCCCGAUUACCGCAACGACGAGUUGCAAAACGGGCGGAAAAUGCUCAGAAAACUGUCACGUUCCACCUAAAACCCCCUCGAAUUACUCAUUAAGAACAUCAUCUUCGUGGUGUUUAAAAACGAAACCGACCAUAACUUAUUUUAACAAUUUCGUACGUUUGAUGCAGCUUUUCCCCGAAAUGCACCCGGCGAGUCUUCACACGGCCCUUUCUAUGUGUAAAAAUGAGUUCGUUUCGAGCGUUGAUCGACUCUUGUAUGUGAGAAAAUACAGAAAUGGAAAUGUUUGUAAUAAACGAGAAGAUUCUGGGGUUUUAAACAAAAAAAUACAAAGAAAGAAUCCUCACUUUUGUUAUUACCGAAAAUGUGAUGAGGAGUUGAACGAGGAAGUCGAGGAUGUUUUUGAAAGGGAAGUUGAAAUGAAGAGGACUGUGUAUAAUAAUAAUAAAUCAAAAAUUAAAUGUAAUAAAACCGUUAUAGAAAAAAAAGAAUUAACUUUACAAGUGUCGACGUCUGAAGAACAAGAAGACGUCGUUGUUGGUGAGGAAAUAGUUCAAGAUUUAUCACAAACGAAAUCGACCCGUUAACAAAUAAUUUUUUUUGUUAAACUUGUUAAAACUUGUUACGCAAUAUGGGUAAACAACCGUUAUUUACAAACCCAGUAAUUCAAUCACCUUGGACAAGCUCAGCCCCAAAGACGAUUGCUGUUAAAAAUAAGGUUAAAAUUCAAAAAGAUAAUGAAGAUAACAAUAUUCAUAAAUAUUUGGAUAGAUAUUCAUCGUUGUUUUCGAUAAAUUUCCCGUAUCAAAAAUUGGGUUUUCAAGCACACAGCGGUUCUUAUUACGCUUUUUACAAAUUGGCAAAAUACGAACUUAAAGAAUCAUCUGGUAGUUUAUUCAAAAUUCAAUUAAUACCAACCGCAAUAUCAUCCCAGGAUAUUCAACGUCAAAUACAACCUAGAUUUGAAUAUAAAUUGCAACAAAAAUUGCAAGGAAAAAUGAUUCCCAGUUCAACAAAGGCGCCUUUGUCAAUGAAUUCGUCGGUUGAAGUGAUUGAUAUAACGGAUGAUGGGGUUGCCACAAAUGUAGGUGAAAAUGUAAUUAAAUAUGGGAGGAGUGCUGGAAGAAAACAGAAAUCGCCGAAGAUGUAUGUUAAAAUCGCUCCAAAAGCCACAAUACUUGCAAAAAGCGAAUUAGAAAAAUUUAUGAAAUGAAAUGAUGGUGUGAAAAUGAAAAUGGGAUGAAUUUUACUUUAUUCUAGUUAUCUAUUUUGAGAGUGAUAGAUUUUGUUAUUUUUUUCUUAUUAUUAACUAACAA